AUGUGCGCACCGAAGUACAAGUACUUCUUUUCGAAGUUUGAGGUGAUUGAACCAGUUGGAACCUGCUUUUUUACUGAGCAAGGUUUCACAAAAACCCAGGAAUUCGCAUCUUGUCGUCAAGAACCUGCCCGACAUGGUAGACAUCGUUUCGGUUAUGGACAAUGCGGAUUCUCGGCUGCUCUACCGGACCGCUACAGUAAGGGAGACGAAAGGGCUUUCAUCGGUGCACCGGGUGUAUGGUAUUGGCAAGGAGCCAUUUUUAGCCAGAAUGUGAGAAAUUUCACCGAUCGGCCGAAUACCGAGUAUGGAGGAAAGGAAUACGAUCAUGAUAUGAUGGGCUAUGCAACCGCUACUGGUGAUCUUGACGGUGAUGGUCUCGAUGACAUCCUAGUACUGUACACGUCCAAGCUGAAGAUGUUGGUUAACCUCACUGACCCAUCAUCCUCGCAACAGGGUCAAUACUGUGGCGGAAGUCUUGCCGUUACCGAUCUUGACAAGGACGGGCGGGACGACAUCAUUAUGGGUUGCCCAUUUUACACUGACUAUGUGACAGUGAAAGAUGCAAAAACUCAAGAACGAAAACCACAAUAUGAUGUCGGAAAAGUUGUGGUUUUCUAUCAGACAGCACCGGUUAGUAUCCUUUUAUGUGCUCAGAAUGUUCAACCAUACGGGAAGUCUCAUUAG